CCCCCCCCCGCCGAGACCCCGACCCCGGCCCCACGGGCGGACACUCGGCCGGGCAGCCGCGGGCCGAGCGCAGCCACCUCCGCCGCCGAUGCGCCUGGUGGCCAGACUCCAAGUGGGACCGGCGGACACGCAGCCUCGCGUGUCAGUGGAAGCUGAUGGAGAAUCGAGGUCUGGACCCAGGGACUCGGGACUCCUAUGGUGCCACCAGCCACCUCCCCAACAAGGGGGCCCUGGCAAAAGCCAAGAACAACUUCAAAGACCUGAUGUCCAAGCUGACAGAGGGCCAGUAUGUGCUGUGCCGGUGGACAGAUGGACUGUAUUAUCUCGGGAAGAUCAAGAGGGUCAGCAGUUCUAAGCAGAGCUGCCUUGUGACUUUUGAAGAUAACUCCAAAUACUGGGUCUUGUGGAAGGACAUACAACAUGCUGGUGUUCCAGGAGAGGAACCCAAGUGCAACAUCUGCCUGGGGAAGACAUCAGGACCGCUGAAUGAGAUCCUCAUCUGUGGGAAGUGUGGCCUGGGUUACCACCAGCAGUGCCACAUCCCCAUAGCGGGCAGUGCCGACCGGCCCCUGCUCACACCUUGGUUCUGCCGACGCUGCAUCUUUGCGCUGGCUGUGCGGAAAGGCGGCGCGCUGAAGAAGGGCGCCAUCGCCAGGACCCUGCAGGCUGUGAAGAUGGUGCUGUCCUACCAGCCCGAGGAGCUGGAGUGGGACUCGCCCCACCGCACCAACCAGCAGCAAUGCUACUGCUACUGCGGCGGGCCGGGAGAAUGGUACCUGCGGAUGCUGCAGUGUUACCGGUGCAGGCAGUGGUUCCACGAGGCCUGCACCCAGUGUCUCAAUGAGCCCAUGAUGUUCGGAGACCGGUUCUACCUGUUUUUCUGCUCCGUGUGCAACCAGGGCCCAGAGUACAUCGAGAGGUUGCCCCUGCGAUGGGUCGAUGUGGUUCACCUGGCCCUCUACAACCUGGGGGUGCAGAGCAAGAAGAAGUAUUUUGACUUUGAGGAGAUUCUGGCCUUUGUCAACCACCACUGGGAGCUCCUGCAGCUUGGCAAGCUCACCAGCACCCCUGUGACGGACCGAGGACCGCAUCUCCUCAACGCUCUGAACAGUUACAAAAGCCGGUUCCUCUGUGGCAAGGAGAUCAAGAAGAAGAAGUGCAUCUUCCGCCUGCGCAUCCGCGUCCCGCCCAACCCCCCCGGGAAGCUGCUGCCCGACAAGGGCCUGGUGCCCACUGAGAACGGCGCCUCUGAGCUGCGUAAGAGAGGAAAGAGCAAGCCUGGUUUGUUGCCUCAUGAUUUCCAGCAGCAGAAAAGGCGAGUUUAUAGAAGAAAAAGAUCAAAGUUUUUGCUGGAAGAUGCUAUCCCCAGUAGUGACUUUACCUCGGCCUGGAGCACCAACCACCAUCUGGCCAGCAUAUUUGACUUCACGCUGGAUGAGAUACAGAGUUUAAAAAGCGCCAGCUCAGGCCAGACCUUCUUCUCCGACGUGGACUCCACUGAUGCUGCCAGCACCUCUGGCUCCGCUUCCACCAGCCUGUCCUACGACUCCAGACGGACAGUGGGCAGCCGCAAGAGGAAGCUGGCAGCCAAAGCGUACAUGCCACUGCGGGCAAAGCGGCGGGCGGCCGAGCUGGGUGGACGCUGCCCCUCCGACAGCAGCGCAGAGGGGGCCUCAGGCCCUGAGCGGCCCGACGAGGGCAUCGACAGCCACACGUUCGAGAGCAUCAGUGAAGAUGACUCGUCCUUGUCCCACCUCAAGUCAUCCAUCACCAACUAUUUUGGCGCAGCCGGGCGGUUAGCCUGUGGGGAGAAGUACCAGGUGCUGGCUCGGAGGGUCACGCCAGAGGGCAAGGUUCAGUACCUGGUGGAGUGGGAAGGGACUACCCCUUACUGACCAGCCCCCAAAGGAUGCCAGCAGUCCUAGAAACCAAAGGAGAGACAGCGGAAGCCACAGGCUCCCCAUUUCUCUCCAGGCUGGGGUGCGGGAGGGAAGCAAGACGGAGCUGCAAGUGCCUGGCCAGAGCCCUGCCUGCCCGCCUGCCUGCCAGGGCUGCGCCUCCACUGUGCCCGUUCUGCUCUCCGGCCCCCUCAGGCUCACCACCUCUUUGCCUGUGUCUCU